UUAAGAAGUCAGUUUGUUUUGGAAGGAGGCGUGAUUGUGUGUGUUGUGCUGUGACGUAAGAAGCCGCUAACAUCAGCUCACUGAGACCCUUGAGUUGUCACCCGGUCCCUAAUUUAAGACUUGUACUUCCAGCCUGGUGGUCAACACAUGACUUUUUUUUUUAGCCUGUGUGGUCUUACAAAGCAUUGGUCAUGCUUGUCCGCCCCCCCCCAGCCCAGCUCAACCAAUGAGAUUAAAGAACUGCACAAGAGAAGGGUUAAAUUAAGUAGCAAAACACACAGAAGGAAUAGUGCUUCAGAAGGUGUGUACUGGAUUUUUUUUAAACAGAGACGUAGUUGAAGAGGAUUUGUGAAUACAGAAGAACUUGCUGUUGUGUUUCAGAUUCCUGUUGCAAAUGCUGCUAGGCCCUAAAUCUAUGCAAGUUUAGGGUGACAUUCAGACUUUGAUUGAUUGCUGCUCACCACAUCAGGUCAAACAUGGGUCGCUACCUCUGCACCAACUUGUGUUCAAGUUCUGUGAACAAGACUUUGAGAUCAUACUGCAAAAUUAGGUACCUAAUGAGCCUUCUCAAAAAGCACCCUCGUCUGGCUAAAGCACCACUUGGCUCGGACCUCCACAGAUAUUCACUGCUGUCAUCUCCUCAUCCGUUCAGAUUGACGAGAAAAGCAACUUUUAAAAAUGUAAAUCACAAUGAUACAGGCUCUACCUCUACCCACUUCCUCAGAGAUUUUACCAAAGAACUGAAACAUCUCCAGCCGGUGCGUUUUUACUCAUCCUCCAAUAGGAAUACAUUCAAACCGGAAGCUCCAAUUGGGAUCUUUGAGGAGCCUCAGAACAGUUUUCUUUUGAGUUCGUUGGGAGGACGUCUUGGUGAAUCAUUUAAUAGAUUGUCCAGACAUAUUAACAUUUAUUUCAAGAGAAUGGAUGUUGUACAUCUAGCUGAAAAUGCCAGCCUUGUUGUCACAACUCCAGAAUAUCUUGGCAGAUCACAAAGGCGUAGUCAAAGUCAACGGGCAGCCAAAGAGAGAUAUAUAUCCGAGGGCAAAGACACAACGCAGUCCUUGAAAACCAAAGACAAACAGGAGAGCUCAGGAACAAGUGCUUCAAGACAGAACAACUCUGGACUCCAACUAUUUCACAUCAGCAAUUUGGCGACAACAUUUGGUGAGAGCUAUAGUUACGUGGCUAGUCACAUUAACUCAGUCUUCUCUCGUGGUUUUGCAAAAGUUCAAAUGCAGGAAAAUUUGGAAACCAUGUCUUCCAGCAGAGGGACAAACAAGAGGCUAAAGAGGAGACACAUGCAACACACUUACAUCAUAAAGUCUAAAGAAGCGGAAAUGUCUCAAGUGAAAUCGGGUGCUGAUCAGGCAACAGUGGAACCUAACAAUAUCUCCAGCAGCUGGGAGGAGGGCUACCACCACUUUGCAAGGCACAUCAAUGAAUACUUUGGUGCCAAGGUUACCGAAGAAGUUGACCAAAAUCAGAAUAGGAGAGAACAAUUUCCUGUGGAAAAAAAUAGCACUUACAAAAAACACUUUUCAGCAAAGUCCACCUCACAAACUCAAGGUGCCAUGUCUCAACUGAAGCAAGACAAACCUAUCAUCCAUGAAACUGGAGGCCUUUUCCACAGGAGCCGUAAAACCACUAACUUUGGGGAGAACUUCUUCCAAAUGGCCAGUCACAUCAAUCAAUAUUUCAAGGGUCAGAGUGGAUUGGAUGAGGACACCGAUAGAAAUCUCCUAACGGAGAUGGACCCUAAAUCUGCUACCUCUGAGAGACUGAAGACUGUAUCCUUUAUGGACUGCCUUCGCCACCCCACAAGCGCCAUCCCUGAUUUGCUGGGUGCUUAUCUAAAACUGGGCCCCUUGUCCCAGACUGGUAAGCUCAAACCGGCUAUGACUUCCCCAGAGGCAAUGCUGAAUAGAAAGGUUGUCUUGAGUCGGAGGCAGGCAGAGGAAAUGACACAAGGGUUGAUUGGCACUCUGUCACAGGCCUCCUCUCCAGAAGCUCUGACUGCCUGCGUGGAGGCACUCAAUGAACACCUUAUCCAUUACCCAUCAUGCAAAGCUUUAAUGUGGCAGGUCUGUUGGAUAUGUUUCUGUUUCCAGGAGAAAACAGCGGUCACAUUGUUAAGAAAGCGAAGAACCUGCAGAGAUAACCAGGUGCUUCAGAGCGCCUUAAGAGAAAGCUUUGCUUUAAUUGGCUAUGUGGAUCCAGUCAAAGGCCGUGGCAUUAGAGUGCUCUCAAUUGAUGGUGGUGGCACAAGAGGUGUGGUGCCUUUGCAGGUAUUAAAGCUACUGGAAGCUGAGACAGGCAAGAAAAUCCACCAGCUGUUUGACUACAUCUGUGGAGUGAGCACAGGUGCCGUUCUAGCCUUCAUGCUGGGCCUGGCCCGUUUUUCUCUGGAAGAGUGUGCUGACAUGUAUCAUCGUUUUGGCUCCGAAGUGUUUCGGCAGAACCCGCUGGUUGGUACCGUAAAGAUGGGCUGGAGUCACUCUUACUAUAGCACUGAGACCUGGGAGACAAUACUACGAGAAAAGCUGGGAAAUAGAGUACUUAUCAAAACAGCCAGGGAUGAGUUGAGUCCUAAGGUUUCAGCAGUCAGCGCAGUGGUAAACUGGGGUACCACUCCAAAAGCCUUUGUCUUCCGCAACUACAACCACAAACCAGGCUCUCUCAGCCGCUACGCCGGAGGCUCAGUCUGCCAGAUGUGGCAGGCAGUACGAGCAUCAUCAGCUGCCCCAGGAUACUUCCAGGAGUUCCCCUUACAAAGUGACAUUCACCAGGAUGGAGGAAUUAUCCUGAACAAUCCCUGUGCCUUGGCUGUCCACGAGAGCCGUCUAUUGUGGCCCAACCAGCCCUUCCAGUGUGUGCUGUCCCUUGGCACCGGUCGCUAUGACAAUGCAAAGAGGGGACCUGCCACCUCCACCAGCCUGAGGGCCAAAAUCAGCACCCUGAUCAGCAGCGCUACAGACACUGAAGGGGUCCACACACUUUUGGACGAUCUGCUGCCUCCAGACGUGUACUUCCGCUUCAACCCCAUGUUAAGUGCUGUGGUGUCCCUGGAUGAGAGCCGUCCAUGGGCCAUGGACCAGCUGCAGAGAGACACCCAGAACUACCUGGAGAGAAACCGGCCCAAACUGGCCAGGCUCUGUUUGGUGCUCGGGGCGGAGCGGUCAGCUGCAAGCAGAACUAAGGACUGGAUGAGUGAGAGGGCCUGGGAGAUGAAGCAGAGAUGGGUGUGA